CAUAGGAGGAGGUUGCGGCAGGUUUAACCCUAAGUCUCUUAUCGGCAGCAAAAUUUUCCACGAAGAGGCUUCUCCUAUUUUCUUGCUCGCAGAGUCGAACCAUGUCCACGGGCACCGACGAAACGAUGGACAGACUUUUCCCCAAGCCACAGAGAAAAGAGAUGUUGCGCUCCACGUAUGUUAUGUUCGACGCGGAGGAUUUCUCAAUCCCUGAUCCUCUUUUGUUUAAAAAGAAUAUCGUAACAGCUAUUGAGAAAGAAGGUUAUCGAGGGCGGAUUAAAAUCAACGGUUACUUUGGCCUAAAGAUAACCAUCCCCCAAGAUUUGCUUGACCAAUAUUUGGAAGCCGGAAUUUAUUCCAAAAUAUUUGAAGGGGACAGAGUUGCUCGAAUGAACAUGAUGUUAGUGGAGCUUCUUUUCUGGGCAAUGAGCCAUUAUCCUGCAGGAACAAAUGUGCUGAUAAUCACAAAAAACCAAAAAAUCCUAGAAGAACACAAGGUCCGGGAUAUUAUUGAAGCUUUGGCAGUGAGAGAUUUCUAUUUUGCCAUUGAACAUCCUGAUACCUUCUAUCCGCCAGCAGCAUGCGCCGAAAGUUCUGAGCUAUUUAUUCCAAUAGCUACCAGAAAGAGGACGUUUGAUGGAUGAAUAACUAACUCAACACUUUAUUAAUAGGGCAAAUAUCUAAAAUAACACGUUUCUAAGUUUAUAUCACAAAAAUAGUAUUCAAAAACUAAAAUGACCAAAAUAGCACCUUUCUAAGUUUAUCUUUUGAGAAUUUUAAUUUUUUUAUUUUUCAAAAUUUAAAAUCUUAUCCUCAAAACUUCAUUUCUCAACUCUAAACCCUAAACUCUAAACCCUAAACUCUAAACCCUAAACUCUAAGCCCUAAAUCCUAAAUCUUAAAUCCUAAACCCCACCCUUUAACUCUAAACCCUAAGUUUGUGACUUUUGAUAAAAUAUUAAGUGCUAUUUUUGUGACUUUUGACCUUGAAUGCUAGUUUGGAAACAAAAACUUGAUUUAGUGCUAUUUUUGUCUUUUUCUCUUAUUAAUAUGAUGAUGUCGUUUUACAUUUUAUUUUAUGAGUACUUCAGUAACCUAUGUGGGAAGGGUACCAAAACAAUUUACAAGAAAUAUCUUUAUCCUUA